CACCAAUUGGUUAGAAAGUAGAAGCAGGAACGACAUGGCGGUUUCAAGUUCAUUAACAACCAUUAAUUCAUCCAACAUAGGUUUUCGGCUUUUGAAGAAACAAGGUUGGAAAGAGGGAACUGGUCUUGGGAUUUCUGAGCAGGGAAGGUUGGAGCCUGUAGCAACCUACGUGAAGAAUAAUAAACUGGGCCUGGGAGCAGACAAAUUACAGAAGAAGAAGCUGCGUUCAGAAACCAAGGAAUAUCGACUCGCAGCAAAGAAGAGGACGAAGAUGCAGGAGUUGGAAAAAAGAUUGCAAGAGAAGGAAUUUGAGCGCGCCUUUUGUAGGGAGUUCUGGCCAGAUAAUGUUUGACUCAAAACCUGCAUCAAUAUCUUCUCAUAAGGUGAAUUGUGACUCAACUUUUCAGAGUUGAGCAUUUAAGUUCAUUAGGAGUAAUUUCUGCGUUAACUUUCUUAAAAGACCCGAAUUAUUUGCUAGUCUACUAGUGCGAAUGGCCAGAGCGGUGUUAUCUUCUCUGUUCUUCCUUUGAACUCAUCUGUUCGUACGUAAAGGCAUCAAUGUUAUUACACUUGAAACAUACUAAUGGAUUCGGGUCCAAGGGUGGAAAGGAAGAGUACGGCUAUAAAAUUUGUACUCACCAACCUCGACCUAAUGAAAGUGCCAAACCAUAA